UUCAACCCCAAAACCCGCCUCCCCUGCUAGAGAAGAGAGAAAAACUCACAUCCUCGGCAUCUCUCUCUCUCUCUCUGCAAGUGGUGGGCCCCAUGUCGUCGUCGGCGGCGCACCAGAAGGCGGCGGCGGCGGCUCCCGUCGAGGAGGAGGAGGCCGGGGAGCACGGGCCUUUCCCCAUCGAGCACCUCCAGGCAUCGGGAAUAGCUGCAGUUGAUGUGAAAAAGCUCAAAGAUGCUGGUCUUUGCACCGUGGAGUCUGUAGCUUACUCUCCAAGGAAGGAUCUUUUACAAAUCAAAGGGAUUAGUGAAGCCAAAGUUGAUAAGAUAAUGGAAGCAGCUUCGAAGUUGGUUCCACUGGGGUUCACUAGUGCUACCCAACUUCAUGCGCAGAGGCUUGAGAUCAUCCAAGUUACAACAGGAUCAAGAGAACUUGAUAGAAUAUUGGAUGGAGGAAUAGAAACAGGGUCUAUCACAGAGCUUUAUGGUGAAUUUAGGUGUGGGAAGACUCAGUUGUGCCAUACUCUCUGUGUCACAUGUCAGCUCCCACUGGACCAAGGUGGUGGUGAAGGAAAGGCUCUUUAUAUUGACGCAGAAGGCACAUUCAGACCACAAAGACUCCUCCAGAUAGCUGACAGGUUUGGACUGAAUGGCGCUGAUGUACUUGAGAAUGUAGCUUAUGCCAGAGCAUAUAAUACUGAUCAUCAAUCAAGACUUUUGCUGGAAGCAGCUUCCAUGAUGGUGGAGACAAGGUUUGCGCUUAUGGUUAUAGAUAGUGCCACGGCCUUAUACAGAACCGACUUCUCUGGUAGAGGGGAGCUAUCAGCAAGGCAAAUGCAUCUGGCUAAGUUUCUGAGGAGCCUUCAGAAAUUAGCGGAUGAGUUCGGGGUGGCAGUGGUCAUCUCCAACCAGGUAGUGGCCCAAGUAGAUGGCGGUGCAAUGUUUGCCGGGCCACAGAUCAAACCCAUUGGAGGGAACAUCAUGGCUCACGCUUCCACGACGAGGCUUUAUCUCCGCAAGGGAAGGGCGGAGGAGCGGAUCUGCAAAGUGGUGAGCUCUCCCUGCCUGGCUGAAGCUGAAGCGAGGUUUCAGAUAUCACCUGAAGGCGUCACAGAUGUUAAGGAUUGAGAGCGCUCAUUGCUUGUCAUGGGAUACAUCAUAUCAUGUAUCGGACUUAGCCUGCUGUUUGCAUCUUCAGCAACAGAUGCUCGCUUAUGCUGAUGAAGGCCCUUCUGUACAGCAAACGCCUUGCAGCUGCAGUGGCACUAUAGGGGCUCCGUGGACGGAAAUGUUGUACAGCUAAUCUCCCAUGGUUUGCUUGUUCUAUCUUCACCCCCAAUGUAGUGCAACACAAGCAGUACAGGCAGUUUACGAAUUUCCAAUGCCAUUAUCACCAUACUGUAGCAGUUAUUCAAAUAUGAGUUGUCCCUGGUCGUUUUUUCAGCUUAUGUAAUCAGGUUUUGGUUUCAGUAGCAAAAACAGCGUAUGCAUUACUCUUGAGAAUUGUAUGGUUAUGGCUGAGUGAUGGGAAAAUGUAGAUAGGUCCUAGAGGCAAUCAGCCAGUAACUCGGUAGUUAUAAAGAUAGUUUUCGGGUGA